AACCACGUGAUCUACGUGUACCAUUCGAGGCACGUAAACACGCGUGUUUGGGUCGUGCUGGUUUUUUUUUAUUGAAAUAUAAAUUGUAUGCGGUUUAAUAGUUAGGCGAAUAGAGGCACAAAAGAGCGUGAUGAAGGUGAAAGUGCUUUGCCGAAACCCGGACGAUUUUGUUCGAGAAACUUCUAAAGAUAUCCAGCGUGUUCCCAGGAAUUAUGAUCCUACUCUACACCCGUUCGAGGUACCGAGGGAGUACACGAGAGCCCUAAAUGCCACUAAGCUCGACCGGGUAUUCGCAAAGCCCUUCGUAGCAUCGCUGGACGGCCACAGAGAUGCCAUCAACUGCAUCGCCAAGCACUCCAAGAAUCUCGCCACAGUGCUGUCCGGAGCCUGUGAUGGACAGGUAAAGAUAUGGAACCUGAGCAAGCGGGAAUGCAUGCGAACGAUCCAAGCUCACGAAGGCUUCGUCAGAGGAAUAUGCUCGCGCUUUUGUGGCACUUCAUUUUUCACGGUAGGAGAUGAUAAGACCAUUAAGCAAUGGAGCAUGGAGGCCCCUGGUUAUGGUGUGAAGGAGGAACCGUUGAACACUAUACUCGGGAAGGCUGUGCACACAGGCAUUGACCAUCACCAGAAAGAAGGCACUUUUGCAACAUGCGGCCAGACAGUGGACAUCUGGGACGAGCAGAGGAGCAGCCCCAUUCGCUCCUUUAGCUGGGGGGUGGACAGCUUCAGCUGUGUCCGUUACAACCCUGUAGAGACUGAACUUCUUGCCAGCUGCGCCUCAGACAGAAGCAUCAUACUGUAUGACAUGAGAGAGUCAACUCCACUUAAAAAGGUUGUAAUGCAAUUGAGAAGUAACACACUUUGCUGGAACCCCAUGGAGGCAUAUAAUUUCACCUGCUCCAAUGAGGACUAUAAUCUGUAUACCUAUGAUAUGAGGCGCCUGGACAAACCGGUUACUGUACACAUGGACCACGUCUCGGCCGUGCUGGAUGUGGACUACUCGCCCACAGGGACAGAGUUCGUGUCAGCCAGUUUCGACAAGACGAUUCGCAUCUUCCCUAAAAACAGUGGCCACAGCAGGGACGUGUACCACACCAAGCGCAUGCAGCACGUCAUCUGUGUAAAAUGGUCUGCGGACAGCAAGUACAUCCUUAGCGGCUCAGACGAGAUGAACAUCCGCAUCUGGAAGGCCAACGCCUCGGAGAAACUGGGAGUGCUCACAUCUAGAGAAAAGGCUGCCAUGCACUACAACCAGAAGCUGAAGGAGAAGUUUCAGCACUACCCACAGGUAAAACGCAUCGCCCGCCACCGCCACCUUCCCAGAGACAUCUUCAAACAGAGACGGCAGCUGCAGGAGAUGAGGGAGGCCAGACGCCGGAAGGAACAUAACGUACGCAAACACAGCACGCCGGGCUCCGUUCCCGUGGCGACAGAGAAGGAGAAACAUGUGGUGACUGUGGUGGAAUAACAUGUCUCUUCCUAAGCGCUUCAAUCACACACAAACAUACAGUCAUAUAAAAAGACUUUUACCCCAUGCAGCUCUGCGAUGUUUCCGUUCCGAGAGAUUUCCAGCAAUUACAGCUUGUCUACAUUGUUGUAGACCGUCUCAGGAUCAGCUGUCCACACACAUUUGUCCGGUUCUUCAUCAGAACACGAUAAGUGAUUUUUGAGAACUGCCUGAUUUCAUUAUUAUUGUACAUGGAACAAGUUUUCCAAUAAGCAGGCUGCAUAUUUAGAAGAAAUAAAAUGUUGACUUUAUAAUCAUAA